GGACUCAUAAUGAGCACACUUGUAUGUCUGCCAUCUGUACCCAACCCACAUCAUCUCCAGGGUUGUGAUUGGUACUGGCAGAGACACAUACCAUCACAUGACCCAUAAGCCAACCCUUACCACACAGACGUUUGAGCUAAACCCUGAUAUUUACUUAAUUAUCAUGAAUUACAUUCAAAAACAUGGAAUUGUUGUGCCAUUUACACACAGAAAAAAGUUGACAACAGAUGCCACACCAUGAAAAGACAAUAGUCUUGGACCUGCCCCUUUAAGGGCCCUCAUUUUCAAACACACCACACAGCAGUGAAAGAAAAAGGACCUCCCAGUUCCCGCCCCCAUUCACUACUUUGUGUGUGUUUAUCCGGCUGCAGGAAGAAAGGAUCACUGGAAUGCUCAGUCUUUUCAAAGUGGAAGUUGCAGCUUCUCUUCUCCAGCAAAAUCACAAGAUACGAGGGUUGCUUUCUCUCUUUUUAAAAACCUAUUCUAAAUCAGCUGUUCAGAAAGACAUCAGUUGGCUAUGGCUUAUCGUCUGUUUGAAGGCAAAGAGCAUACUUCUUCCUACUGGAAGUAUAGGCCAUCUCCAUCAGAUCAUCUGAUGCAACAGAUCCUUGACUUUGUAAAAAAACAUAAAGGUCAUCCCUUUGAGCUGGCCGUGGAUGUGGGUUGUGGCUCAGGACAGGGCACAGUGCUGCUGGCCAAACACUUUACCUCUGUGGUGGGUACAGAUGUAAGUCCUGCCCAGGUGGAAAUGGCUUUGCAGCAUGCGCAAAAGCCAAACAUCACAUAUAGAGAGUGUUUGGCUGAGGAGCUGCCAUUUGGUGACAGCUCAGUGGACUUGAUGACAGCCAUGUCUGCCUUCCACUGGUUUGACCGACCUCGCUUUCUCCAGGAGGUCCACAGAGUCCUGAAGCCCCAUGGCUGCUUGGCUCUGCUCAACUACACCUUUGACAUGGAGCUUAGCUACCCUGACUGCUGCUCAACCACACUCAACCAAGUCUGCAAGGAGUUUUAUGCAGUCUUGCAUCCUUACCGCAGCCCCCACAUGGGUUCAAGCUCUAUCGAGUUAUACCGGGAGGCCUAUAAAUCCAUCCCUUACCCCGUCAAGGAGUGGCACGACUGUGUGUGGGUGAAAAGGUCCGUGCCUCUGUCCAGCUACAUGGGGAUGGUGGAAUCUUUCUCGUGCUAUCAGGCUCUACUGAGAGAGGACCCGCAGAAAGCCAAAAGACUGUCUCAAGACAUCUGUCAAAGGCUGAUGGCCAUUAUGAAGGUGACCUCUGCGGAGACAGAGGUGGAGUUGGCUAUGAGGUAUUUCUGCCUUCUGGCAUGCAAACCACAGGAACCCUGAUCCGGAUGCCAGCACCCACAGUUACAGCAAAGGCAUGACUGUAGAUGAUGAGACGGAAACGUGUGCUAUCACCGAGUAUUUUAUUAACAUUUCUCUGUGACUGUAACAUCAGAAAAACACUUAGCGUGUUAGAUUUUGUUUCUUGAAAGCUUGAAGUCUCUGUUGUGUCUACAGAUGGCACAUAUUUGAAAGGAAUACUUUAGGUAAUUUUUUGGUAAUACUGUUACCACACACGUCUGUAGGCUAAAUAUGAAGCUGUUAGCUUAACUUAGCACAAAGACUAAGAAUAUGGGGAAACCACGAGCCUUCCAUUACAUGAUGUUUCUUUACACUUUGUUUCUUGUAGGCUUAAACAACUGAGACAUAACUUGUUGUUGGUGCUGAUAUGCAAAUUUUUGUGUGUUUCUUUUCUUUGUGCUCAGCUAUGCUUCUACAAAUUUACCAUGGUGACGUGAGAGUGGUGCUCUCAAAGAAAGAAAUAUCGAACAGUUGUUUUAAAGAUGCAUCAAAUAGUGUUUGGUGUCAGAAAGUUGCACAAAUGAUCAGAUUUUACAUUUUUUUUUAUACUAACAAAUAUAAUAUACAUUCAGUCAGUAUCAGUAUCUAACAUCAACAACAGUCUUCUUCUGCCUCUCAUUUUAAUGUGCUGAAAACUGUGCAGAAUUACAUUUGAUUUGGUGAACAGAAAAUAUUUGUGUGAAGCUUGCAUUAUUCAGUAACUACUCUUAAAUGUUGUAAGUGACCUGUUAUGUGUAAUUAAGCUAAUCAUUUUGAAGUCAUUAUAAACAAAGAGAAACAGAGUAGUAUCUGCAUUUUUUAUGCUAAACACCACUAGAGGGAGACAUUUGAUCAAAUGUGAUUAUUGGUGCUUUCUUUCAUGCGACUGGUUUAUUGUAGGGAUACAUAUGUUGUGUUUUUAUAUGAUGUAUAAGUAUGACAGCUUGUCGUGUUGUGGCAUCUCCCUCUGAUCUGUUCUUUAUCCACUUUCUCAGUGUUAGAAGCAUCUGAGACAUCCUGUGAAACAUUUGUUCACAUUUUAGAGUUGGCAGUGUAGAGAAGUGAUGCCAUCACUCCUUUUGUGCUGUUGGUAGCUGCUGGCAUGACCUGAGGCCACGACCUGAUUCUGACUGAUGCAGGUGUCCUGAUAUUUGUGUUGUCUGCAUCUGGUAGAACCGUUGUCAAAUUGGCUUAGUAGACAGUAAUGACUAAAAUAAUUCUCUGGAACUUUCUAGUGUUUAUCUGGUCAGGCCCAUAAUGUAAUGGAACUGAAGAAGUUUCUCAUCAACAGCCAUAACUUACUGUUUUACAUAAUGAAAUGCAUGGGAACUCCAAAUUGAACCUUUUCAGUUUGUGAUAUUGUUUGAUUCAGUAGAAAUUGGGAGGUAUGAUGGCUUUAGAGCACAGCAGGCUCAAAGUUGGAAAUAUCUCAAUACCAAAAGAUUCAGACUCUUAAUCAAUGUCUUUGUCUUACCCAUUUUCUCCAGUGAUUUAUGAAAGCAUAAUAAUGAUCUUAAUCAUAGAUUUAGUAAAAUCCUCUGUUAAUAGCACAUUUUAAAGCAUGCUGUAAGAAAGGACGGUAAAAUUUUAAACUGGCUUUAAAACUUCAAAUGGAGAUUCAACACAAAUGGAAAGUGAGGCUAGAUUGUUUGAAAUAGCCUCAAGUUUUUGUUUAAAAAAACAUGGCAGCAUCUGGCUAAUCUGAGCUUUCCUUUCUGUCUGUUCAGAUGUCCACUCAGAUCUUUUACAAACAUUGUACUAUUGUCUGGAAGAUUACUGAUAGAAAACGUCAGCUCGUCUCGUGGAGCUACAGACGAAACUCAGCACACUCUGCUUCAAGUGUUUGUUUGGUUUUUUUGUGUGUAUUUUAAUGGUAGGAUGAUACAGCUUAUCAGUGUCACAGAUAUUUUCAGGACUCACGCAGUAUUUGAAUAUACAAAUGUGAGUGAAAUUUGCAUACUCAUUUGCAUUAGCCAGAAAAAGCCUACAUCCUCCUCCACCCGUAUUCAAAGUCAGUAGGAUUUCAUUGAUUCUCAAGAUCAUUUUUAAGUCUUAAAUGUUAAGUCUCUCUCUCUCUUUCUCUGUGUGACAGAAGCAAAUGCACUUUACAUCUUAAGUCAGUGAUGCCAGGCUGUGAUACCUGAACACUUUCAGUGCACUUUGUGUUCACAUAUUGCUGGGUGAGUUGGACAGACUUCAAACCAAACAAGCUGUUCUGUAAAAGAGCGACAGCAUGCCUGGCGUGUCAGCUGUGCAGAUGUUUGCAUCUCCUCAUUGAAAGUGCUGUGUGUAGCACCACUCAUCACAAUCUGUGCUAAAACAAAAAGCCCUGCACGACAGAUGUGGGCAUUUCGUUGUGAAAGAAAUUCUCAUUUAAAACA